AUGGCGCAGUUGCCCUCCAUCGCUAUUCUUGAUCCCGAUUCGAAAACUCUGCUCAACAGGCUCAACAUUCGCCUGAACGAGAUCGACUUGAAGCUUAGCAUCGUACUCGAGUUACUCGCCACGCGGCUACCAGACCAAAGACUCACUAGUAUAUUGGCAUCUCCACCUCAAACUCUCAUUUCCGAAGCUUCUCCACAAAGUUUUACUGCUAUGGCGGGCAAUUCGACUUCAGAUAAAACUACGUCACCAAAGACUUCACUGCGUCAUUUUAAGAUGGAGUGCAAGGAUGAUUCAGACGGGGAUCUCGACAUGGAAGGGGAUAAUGAGAAUGAUGCGGAAGAAGAUUUUUGCGAACAGGAUCAAGCAUCGAAUGCUGCAUCCAGAGAGGUCACACAGCUGAUCGUUCGCAAACAGGAUGCAAAACCGUCAUUUUCUGACGGUCCGUUCCCGGAAGGAGCAGUAAAGAGGGCGGCUGAAAAGGCCGCUAGAAGCUUUCAGAGCACACAGCCUAAGGUAGUACUUCUUGUUUAAUU